AAAUUAUCGUUGCUGUAAUUUGAUUAGCUGCCUUAGGUCACGUGCUUAAAUUGGACCAAUCACGAACCCUGUAGCAGAUUUUGUCGGUUAAACAAUAUAAGUUUUUUUAAUGUAUACUGACAUGGCAGGACGUAUGUGUUAUUCAUACGAAGCUUUGAAAACCGAGGUAUUUCCUCAUGUUAGUGAGCGGACAGCCACUAUCAUCGGGAAAAGGGUGAUGACAGAUAUUAUUUGUAAUUCUUUUUAAAAUAAUGUUCCAACAACGUAAACAAAUGAAAAUUAUAAAAGAAAUAGACUGUGUGAGGUUCAACUCGAACAAUGUUCCUCAACUUAUCCGAAGAAGCCACUUUGGAUUUCCUACGUCGUCAUGACAACGACUACGCCAUCCAAGCUAUUCCCGCAAUCUUAUACCUAGCCAUAUUGAUGCUAUUGGGUUUUGUCGGCAACUCGGUCGUCUGCUAUGUUUAUCUCUUCAAGUUUCAAAGAAUCACAACCACAACGUAUUUCGUUGUAUCGAUGGCGGUGCUUGACCUCAUAAACUGCAUAACAAGCAUCCCCUUCGAAAUAAUCGACCUCAGGCAUAACUUUACCCUAGGUGCAUCGGUCGUCUGCAAGAUCAUGCCGGUGACCGUGACCUUCGUAUCUCUUGCCUCCGGAAAUGUUUUGCUAGCCGUAGCCGUGGACAGGUACCGCAAGGUGUGCCAUGCUUUCCGCAAACAAGUGACGAAAACGACAGCAAAGUUGUCCAUAAUGUUAUGCUGUUCAUUGUCCGCCGUUAUGACGCUACCUAGUGUGUUUGUGUUUGGUUCAAGGACGGUCGAGCUUGGGGAGAAUGUUACCGGUUCGGAAUGUAGUAUUUCGGAUUCGUUUAAAGGGAGUGUGUUCCCUGUCGUUUACAACGGAGUCCAGUUUGUGCAGUUUCUCAUAGCCACAGUGGCCAUCAUCGUGUUAUAUGUAUUGGUAUGGCGCCAGAUAUCAAGGCAGCACAAAUACGUAAGCACGUUGACAACAUCCGCGAAUACUGGAGGAACCUUCCCGGUUCAUGUUGCCCGUAGCAACGAGGACCAGGUCACGUCAGUGUCAACUGGAGAUCUAUUUAUGUCAUCAUCCAUUGACUGCGAACAGGGUAAAAGUAUCUCAAAUAUCAGCAAAUCGCAAAACUCGACCUUUUCCGAGAACGAUAAUGCUUCAACUUUUCAAAGACCAACAAACCUUGAAGACGCACCACAGUUGACUCACUCUGACAAACCAGGCUGUACAGUCAAGGUCAAGGACACGCUGAGGUUACAGCGUGAAACACAAGUCAGGAAGACAACAUUAAUGCUGUUCCUGAUCAGCCUCGUUUUCAUCAUCAGCUUCCUGCCUCAUCUCGGCAUCAUGGCGGCCACCGUCAUCAACAAGAAUUUGUACGACAAUCUCCAAGGAGCCCAGGUCGCCGCCUACAACAUCUGUCAAAGAUCCUACUUCAUCAACAGCGCCGCCAAUCCCAUCAUCUACAGCUUCUGCAGCGUCAACUUCCGCCGUGCUGUUAGGGAUAUGAUAAAGAGGAAGAGUGGUAAAGACAGACUCAGAAACAUUUAGCAUGAUGACCUACGACGAAUCGAUUGUGAAUUCGUAACUAUUGUAAAAUAUAUAAGCAGAUAUUUGUACUAGUUUCACUUGUCCCCACCUUGAUUUAAAUAAAACUGUUUUCUAUCAAAAAAAAUUAUUAAAUAACUGUUGAAUAAAUCAAACAUAAUUGCAUUUAAGAAACGCACAAGUGAAUUGAUUGAUUAAAUUGAAUAGAGAAACGUCAAAGCAACUGUUCUGAUUAAUUUAAAACAUCCGUUAAUGUACGUGCAUUGUACUGUACUGCAUUGAUGGAAACACAUUAGUUUGAGGUGAGGUGAGGUGAGGUGAAAUUGGGUUUAACGUCGCAUCCAAGAUUAUUGCACUUAUAUAGCGACGUGCAUGCACAUGUAUGUGUAGCUGCUUGUACUAGUCCGUACUGAUGCCGAUU